AUGGACAACAUUACUGAUGAAGUUGCAGCAAUAUCAUCAGUGGAAGGGUUUACCUCUUACGAGCAGUAUGUGAUUUUAACAGUCCCUCUUCGAGCUGAAGUGAAACCCAGUAGUCAAGAAGAGUUCGCCCGGAUGCACAGUGGACAUGAAUCACAGCACAGUACGAUGGCAUUGAUUUUGCUGGUCGCACUGUUUAGUUUCCAGUUUCUAAUAUUAUACUGGAAACAAAAGCACUAUCAAUCAUUCCAGAUAGUUACUCUUAUCGGGUUGUGGUUAAUACCAAUGUACCUAUUUGGUAUAUAUUUCCAGUUUUUGAGAUUCCUCACGAUCUGGACUCUUUAUUCUGCUUUGAAUGGCUACAUAUUGCAUCUUGCAUCGAGAAAGCCCUUGGAUCAGCAGACUCCAAAACUUGUGUAUAGGUGGUUCGCCGCUGUAUAUAAAGUAUCGUAUACAGUAGGAAUAUUUGGAUACAUUUUACUGAUGCUUCAGUUUUUUGAGAUUGUGAAGAUAUUCUACGAUGGUGGAGCCGUUGCAGAUCUUGGUAUUAUGCUGCUUUCUUACGGUCUAUACUUUGGAGUGUUGAGCAGAGAUAUUGUAGAGAUAUGCACAGACCGAAUGGCAUCUGCAUUGGGCUAUUAUACUAAAGAUGGUCUUCCUAGUAAGGGUCUGAAGGCGGAUAUCUGCGCUAUUUGUGGAGGGACAGCUAGUAGUGUCGUCGGUGAGGAGGAUGAGAAAGUACAUCAGUUAAGCUGUCGACAUUUGUUCCAUGAAGAAUGUAUACGAGGGUGGUGUCUGAUAGGAAAGAAAGACAUAUGUCCAUAUUGCAAGGAAAAGGUUGAUAUGAAAGAAUUCAAGACCAAUCCGUGGGAUACACAACAACAACUGUAUCUCAGUUUAUUAGAUGGAGUGCGAUAUCUCGUUGUCUGGCAACCAAUAAUUCUUGUGGUUGUGCAUUUGGCGUACCAUAUGUUCGGAUUAGAAUAA